GAGGACGAGAGCUUCCAUUGUUAUUUUCUUACACGCGGUUGUCCAUCGACCUCACCCAAGUUUACUCGAUUUUAUUUGAACUAAAAGUAAUAAUUGGCGUGAAAAAAGGAUUAAACAAUCACAAUGUCGACGAUAGCAAGUCCUUUGGUCGUUGGAGGUGUUCGGCAAUCCGGAGCUCCUGUGAGAACACAAAAUGUCAUGGCAUGUUGUGCCAUCUCUAACGUAGUGAAAACAUCCCUCGGACCGGUCGGUCUUGACAAAAUGAUGGUUGAUGACAUUGGUGACGUAACUGUUACCAAUGAUGGAGCGACCAUUUUGCGUCUUCUGGAUGUUGAACAUCCAGCCGCUCGUGUUUUAGUCGAAUUGGCUCAACUUCAAGAUGAAGAAGUUGGAGACGGAACAACAUCUGUCGUAAUCGUUGCAGCUGAGCUGCUGAAGAAUGCGGAUGAGCUCGUGAAACAAAAGAUUCACCCCACUUCUGUCAUCAGUGGUUACAGAUUAGCCUGCAAAGAAGCGUGCAAGUACAUACAAGAACAUCUAACAAUAAGCUCUGAUGAACUUGGAAAAGACUGUUUGAUCAACGUUGCAAAAACGUCCAUGUCUAGUAAAAUUAUUGGCGCUGACGCUAACUUCUUCGGCAACAUGGUUGUGGAUGCCGCGAUCGCCGUCAAGGUCAGCGACGGCAAAGGUGGACACCUUUAUCCCAUAAAGGCCGUGAAUGUCCUAAAAGCUCACGGAAAAAGUGUCCGAGAAUCGAUCUUUGUCGUCGGUUAUGCUCUGAAUUGCACCGUCGCUUCUCAAGCGAUGCCCAAGAAAAUCAUGAACGCCAAGAUCGCCUGCCUUGACUUCUCUUUGCAGAAGGCUAAAAUGAAGUUGGGUGUCGAAGUUCUCAUUACUGACCCAGAGAAGCUGGAGGCCGUUCGUCAACGCGAAACCGACAUCACGAAGGAACGCGUUCAGAAGAUUCUUAACGCCGGAACGAACGUCGUUUUUCUGAGUGGAGGAAUCGACGAUCUUUGCCUCAAGUAUUUCGUAGAAGCGGGAGCAAUUGCAGUUCGUCGGUGUAAGAAGUCUGACUUGAAACGAAUUGCGAAAGCAACUGGUGCUCAUUUCCUAACUUCUUUGACUAAUAUGGAAGGCGAAGAAAGUUUCGAUGCCAGUUUCCUCGGAGAAGCUGCUGAAGUCGUUCAAGAAAAUAUUUGCGACGACGAACUCAUUCUUGUGAAGGGACCGAAAGCAAGGACAGCAGCUUCAAUUAUCUUACGUGGACCAAACGAUUUCUACUGUGACGAGAUGGAAAGAUCCGUUCACGAUGCUUUGUGCGUUGUGAAGCGAGUUUUGGAAAGUAAAAAUGUUGUUGCUGGCGGUGGUUGUGUCGAAGCUGCCCUUUCGAUUUACUUGGAAAACUUUGCUACUUCUCUGAGUUCUAGGGAACAACUCGCAAUUGCUGAAUUUGCACGUUCCUUAUUGGUAAUUCCAAAAACUUUGGCAGUGAACGCAGCUCAGGAUGCAACUGACCUUGUCGCUAAGUUGAGAGCUUAUCACAAUUCAAGUCAAACUAAAGUUGAUCAUGCUCACCUUAAAUGGAUUGGGCUCGAUUUGAUCGAAGGAACCGUAAGAGAUAAUAAGAAAGCUGGAGUUUUUGAACCAGCAAUCUCCAAAAUCAAAUCUCUAAAAUUCGCCACAGAAGCUGCCAUUACAAUUCUGCGAAUCGACGAUAUGAUCAAGCUGGAUCCUGAUCGCUCUAAAGACAAAUCAUACCAGGAUGCAAUGGCAGCUGGCGAGCUAGAUGGUUGAAAACCAUACUCAAUUAGGCAUUCGUUUUUUAUUCCGUUUUUUUUCACAAUUAGUUUUAUAAGAAUCGCGAGAGAAUUUGUUUUCUACGAAAGACCGUUUGGAGUUAUUAAUUUUUCAAACAAAAAAAAUUUAAUUUCAAUUGUUCAUCAAUUUUCACUUCGUAAUCAAUACGCACGAUCGCUUACUUAGCUGUGGUAAGAAAUGUAUUCAUAAUUUUUAAUCGUAAAAUAAAGCUUUCUAUUCUAA